AUGCAAAAGGCCUUGGCCACGGGACCUUCCACUGAGCAAAGCGCUGCAUCGCGCACCUUUGCAUUGGCUGAGCUUCGCAGCGAGAUCUUCCGAGCGCAUCACGACCUCUUUUUAAGCAGCAUCCCGCAACCCGAGCCACACACGCUUCCGUUGCUUUCGGUCAAGGACAAAUUAGACGAGGAGAGAGAAGCAAGUCUUGCAGCUUUGGAGGCAUUCCUCGAAGUGCAUGGCUAUAGAGCAGCUUGCCUCCUUGAUAGGUACAGCGCAAGACCCCAAGACCUCAAAUUCCAGCUACACCUUUCGCAUGACCUCAUUCAACGGCCGUCAGGGCCGGAAUAUUUGGCCAGACGGCCGCCACGUGAGUACGAUCCAUGCAUGAGCCCAUGUUGAUAAAGUCCAGGAGCAUAGGACCUCGGUUCUACAACAUUCUCAUGUUGUGAGGGGCCUGCUACCACGGGGCCCGAGAAGCGGUCCUAUCACAAGGGAGACGAGCUUCACUAACUUGGACAUCCCUCCAAGCCGGUGCAGCACCACCUCACAAUCUUGAGUUCUAUGAUCAACAACCGACCGAUCUUGAUCGUCAACUGGUCGGAAGUCAUGCCAACGAACGCAAUUUGUUCGGCCAGCGCUGUCUUUCGUCGUUUGGAGGGCUGCAAUUUCAAGCGGACUUGCUUGAUGCUGUCAUCUCGACUCAGUAUUCCAGACCAAGCAGAGAUACAUUCACCCGAACACAGUCAGAGCCGGGCGACAAAAGUUCGAAUGAUCACGGCGCCUCGGAGUUACCCGACAAGCCACUCCUGGUCCUUCGCCUGAACUUGCGUGCUUCUCAGCAGCUGUCGUUAUUUAGGCACUUGCUGCAUGGCAGGCGAGAUCUGCUCGCUGACCCAGAAUGCCCAAUUGUGCCGUUUGUGGAUUUUCUCGACUACGGACUGGCAAGUACCAUUCUCAUUCACCCAGUAGCCCAGAGGUACAGCACCUAUGAACGUUUCCCGACGCGACACGAUCUUCACAUGCGCAGACGGAUUGAGAUGAUCAGGGAUGCAGUGUGUGGCCUUGUCUGGCUACACCGAGCGGGUAUCUCGUUGAACGUGUUCAGUAGAGACCUGACUUUUACGUGGAUGUAUGCGGGCAAGGGCCGCCCUUCACGUCGCUUCGCCGGGGCGCGAGUAGACAGCCAGGAAAUUUUAGAGGCACUACCAAUCGAGCCUAGCGAGCCCUUCCCAUUCGGUCCCGGAUGGGUGAUGCUGCCGCUAGACGUGGACAUCUAUAACGGGAAAGCUGGAUUGCCAUGGUGCACUCUCACAGCAGCGGCAGAUCCGCGUGUGCCCGGUCCUAGGCUGGUGAGGCUCGUCCCAGUGAAUCGCCGAAAGCGACGGCCUUUUUCAUAGCUGAUGUGAACUCUUCCUCCUCACGCCUCUUGUAGUGGUUCGCCAACAUGCCAUACGCCAGCCUUACCGACAAAGUCAAAAACGCUCAUCCAGGAGGCCGAAAAUUCAUGCCGUACGAGGGAACAUAUCCGAAUCGGUUCCCCGUAGCGGAAGCAUGCUCCACGCCUGAAGACCGAGCUUACCUGAAGGCGCAUCCAGGCGCGAAUCUAUUUGAGCUACCCGAAGGCCUUCGAUCAACGCUUGAUGAGCCGGUGCCUUUUGACAGGUUCGGUAGAGAUGUUUAUAUCAUGGGGGACCUCGUCGGUCGACUAUUGUUGAAGUUGAGGCCCCAGGAGCGAAGUGUAGAGCCCCCUAAAAAGGAUCUGCUAGAUUCUCGGCAUUCCGAGGUGCGCAAGAGUCACUGUGUCCCUUUCCUCUCCCCAAUCAAUGCAGAACAGUACUAACAACACAUCGGCUCCUCGUCCCCUCGACGAGCAGCGGUUCGACAGGGUACUACGCACACCCGUGAAUAAACUGCCUAAGCUUCCCCAGCCGGGGCCAGAUGCUACCGGAUUCUGGGGGCUGAAAGGUGACAUCGAUCCAGAAGAUGACUUCGUCAUCGAAAAUAACUUCGCUGCUUUCCCGAGAAAGCUAGCGGAUAUGGCGCUCUCGAUGCUAGAGGAGGAUCCCCAAAAACGCCUGUCCAUUCAAGAUGCCGCAAAGAUAGUGACGGAAGCGCAUGACGAGUAGGUUGUUGUGAUGUACGUAAACCCUUUGUUCUACAUUAUUGCGUCCGCUGACAAGAGCGCUUCGUUCUGGACGUGACCAUCAUCGCUCGGAUCGAUCGAAUCAGCCUGAUCCCAAAGAUCGUCUCGAUUUAUGAAGACUGGAUCAAGCUGCAGACUGUCGAAGCCAAAGAGGCUCAGAAGGCCACGCCAAUGCCGAGCACGGCUGAAGAGAAGGCGGCGUAUGCUAAGACCAUCCGAGAGGAAGAUCCUCCGUGCAGACUGUGGAUGGAACAUUUUCGCGGGCAGUAUCUUGACGUGACUGAGCCUGAUGAGGCGGAGCGCGACAGGCUUGCAGGCGGUGAGUGCGCCGCUAUGGCGACAUUUUUGCAGCAAAUGCCCGGUGCUUAUCUGCCGCCGCCCUUUGCGUAGAGACGUCGCUUCGGAUAAUGACGAGUGGGAAGACGAAGACGAAGACGACGACAAGGGGAUAAAUAUCGGUCCUGGCCCGGGUCGCUGGAGCCCGACGUAUCUUCCCGGUCCUGGCGACUUUGCGGGUGCCGAGCUAUCAGAGGAGUAG